AUUAAGUAUUCUUCAAUUUCUGAUUCAGUGAAGUUUAACAGUAUGUUUGCGAUUUGAAAUAAAUAAUGUAGUAAAACGAGGAGGUAGCGUAGCCGUGAAAAGCCUGAGAGAAACUCAUACGGUGUACCAGCUUACUGACUGAGAUCCUCAGGGCUUCCUGACUGUGUUGAGCUGUCAUCCAUUCAGACAGCACAGUGGCAUCUGAGCUUCAUACAAAGUGGUCCGUCAUCUCUAAAAAUACUGGAGAUCUGGGGGUUGUGGUAAAGAAAACUGAUAUAAUUUGCCCCUGCCGAUAGCAACUUGGAGAUCUAGAGAAGAUUGAUCAUGUGGACACUGAUUACUUAAUGGUAGGAUUGGGACAUCAUCUGGGAAGGAAUUCCUGGGUAAAACCAGAAAACCUGUUCUGCAAGUAUUAAAAGAUUGUCAGUUUGUUUGAAAACACUCUUCAUCUUGAAAACCAGAAGCCGUUCACAGCAACUACUUCAGACGGGCACAUUUGGCUCUCUUGAAAUCAGGUGGUGACAGGUCUGUGCUUGUAUCCACAAGACCUGUCCACACCCAUUCUCUAUUUGAAGCUCUGUGCUGCUGGAAAUUCGUCCAAAAUGACUGCAGAGUGGGGUGAGAAAUCCACAGCAGACCUCAUGAGUAGGUAUGUCUCUAAGGAGAUGGGAUAUGGUGUACCCGAGGAGGGCUGGCGCAUCUGUCUGGCGCACGAGUUCAAGGAGAAGAGACAACCCUAUCAAUCCGGUGAUGUCUCGCUGUCCUACAUUUGGGAACACAUUGGCCUUGGUCUCAGGUAUAUAAAAUGGUGGUACAAGAAGACCCGCGUUGAAAAGAAGGCUCCGUUCAUUGAUAUGUUUCGUCCCCUACCCUUGCAACAAAUAUAUGGUGUUCCACUUGGCGGUAUUGGAGGAGGUACCAUCACAAGAGGCUGGAGGGGAGAUUUCUGUAGAUGGCAACUCAACCCAGGAAUGUAUCACUACACAACUGUCACAGCCAACCAGUUCACAGUUUGUUUGCGUCGCGGAGGACAAACGGUUUACCAGCAGGUGCUCUCUGUCGAGCGACCGUCCACAUUACAAGGCUGGAACUGGGGCUUCUGUGGGGAAUAUGCCUUCUAUCACGCCUUGUACCCCCGCGCCUGGACUGUCUACCACCUGCCAGGACAGAAUGUCACCUUAACGUGCAGGCAGAUCUCUCCUGUUAUUCCCCAUGACUACCAGGACUCAAGUCUCCCGGUGGCUGUUUUUGUGUGGGACGUAGAGAACAAGAACGACUACGAUCUCGAGGUCUCCAUCAUGUUUACUGUGGUUAACGGCUCAGGAGACAAGAGUGACAAGAGCGGGGGACACUGGAAUGAACCAUUCCAUCUGGAGAAGGAGGGGGAGGCGGUGUCUGGAGUCUUGUUGCAUCACUGCACUACAGUGAACCCUUACACGCUGUGCAUUGCAGCCAGAGAGCAGCCGGACAGAGAGGUCAGUCACCAGACAGCGUUCAGCCCAAAGGGAACCUGCAGUGAUCUGUGGAGUGACCUCAUCACUGAUGGACGACUGGACUCUCCUGCAGGUUCCAGCCCACCGACGUCUAAGGGGGAGACGGUGGCAGCGGCGUUGGCUGAGGGCUGCUCGGUGGGGGCUCAGGGCCGCAACACGCUGGAGUUCUGUUUGGCUUGGGACAUGCCCAAAAUCACCUUUGGUUCUGGAGAGAGGGAACACAUAAGGAGGUACACUCGUUUCUUUGGGACCAACAGCGACGCGUCUCCGUCUCUCAGUCACUAUGCUCUUACACAUUACAAACAGUGGGAACAAAGCAUUGAGGAGUGGCAGAGACCAAUUCUGCAGAACAGUGCUCUCCCCUCCUGGUAUAAAUCGGCCUUGUUUAAUGAGUUGUACUUUGUGACGGAUGGAGGGACAGUGUGGACUGAGCUAGCAGAGGACGCAGACAUCAGUGGCGGCAUUCGCAGUGAGGACGGGGGUCUUCCAGCUCAGCCUGCUGUCAUCAAGGAGUACGGACGCUUUGCCUACCUUGAAGGUCAGGAGUACAGAAUGUACAAUACAUAUGAUGUGCACUUCUAUGCCUCUUUUGCCCUCAUAAUGCUGUGGCCCAAAAUCGCUCUGAGCAUACAAUACGACAUUGCCGGCAGUGUGAUUCAGCAGGACACAACAGAGAGGGUGCAUCUGAUGAGUGGGCAGUGUUCUUAUGUGAAUACCAAAAAUGUGGUGCCUCAUGACAUAGGAGACCCAGAUGAUGAGCCGUGGGAGCGGGUCAAUGCCUACCUUAUUCAUGACACGGCAGACUGGAAGGACCUGAACCUGAAGUUUGUCCUGCAGGUCUACAGGGACUUUCAUCUCACCCAGGACACUCAGUACCUGCAGGACAUGUGGCCCAUCUGUAAGGUGGUGAUGGAGUCAGAGCUCAAGUUUGACCUGGAUGGAGAUGGACUAAUAGAGAACUCUGGAUUUGCUGACCAGACUUAUGAUGGCUGGACAGUGACUGGACCAAGUGCGUACUGUGGCGGGCUGUGGUUGGCGUCCCUGUGUGUGAUGUGUAAGAUGGCCAGACUGUUGGACAAUGAGGAAUCAUACCAAUAUUACAGAGACAUCUUAGACAGAGGCAGUGCUGCGUUUGACAAACUGCUGUGGAACGGAAAGUACUACAACUAUGACAGCAGUGGUGGAGACCAUUCAAACAGUGUCAUGUCUGACCAGUGUGCUGGCCACUGGUUCCUAAAAGCAUCCGGGCUGGGAGAGGGAGACUAUCAGGCUUUCCCAAAAGAAAAAAUGCUGACCACACUAAAAUCCAUCUUUGACUUGAAUGUAAUGAGCUUUGCUGGAGGCCAGAUGGGGGCAGUCAACGGCAUGCGUCCUGAAGGAGUCCCCGACCGGUCCAGCAUCCAAUCAGAUGAGGUCUGGACUGGAGUAGUGUAUGGACUGGCAGCCACUAUGAUCCAUGAAGGUAUGUGGGAUGAGGGAAUGCGAACAGCAGAAGGUUGCUACCGGACUGUGUGGGAAAGAUGUGGCAUGGCGUUCCAGACUCCUGAAGCCUACAGUGAGAAGGGCUGCUUUCGCUCAUUGGCUUACAUGAGGCCUCUGAGCAUCUGGGCGAUGCAGCUAGCCUUAAAUACCUCACAGACGACUCCGGCCGCAUCAGCUGGAGACAUAAAUGAGAGCAGAGAUGGCGUUUGAGACAAAACAAACGACAACCAGUGCAACGACUAUAGUCUACCUUGACUUUUGAGUGAUUUCCAUGAAGUUCCCUGGAAAGCCAACUCUAAAGCCACCACCAUUAUAUGCACUCCCCUCCUGCAGUGCUCGGCUUUUACUGAUGACAGACUGUGAAUUUCCCUCUGGUGUUUUAUUUUUUUGGGUUAAGGUUAAACCUACGAUGGUUUAUUCUAAACAAAGUUAGAAACUACUGUAUGCAGCCAUUGUAUUGGUUGAGUUAGGGGUAGAGUUUAGGUGGAGGUGUGCGGUGCAGAGUGUUGGCCAGGCUCUAUCCAAUUAAUGGCCAGUAUGUAUUGCUUCUUAAAAGUAAAGCUACAUUCUAUUUGUACUCAUGCGUACAAAACACUACAUUUAAUGAUUUACAAUCGUAGUACAAACAUAGUGAAGUUUGUUUACUUGCAACAUGUUUAUAUGCUGUUGUCUUGUACCAGCCAUAUGUCAGCAUUGUUGUCUAAAACAGACACUUGAAGAUACAUUUUAUUUUCCUUGAUUGGAUGUUGGAAGUGUUGAAAGUAAUUUUAUGUAUGUAUAUAUAUAUAUAUAAUGUAUAUAUAUAUAUGUACAUAUGUGUAU